CAGUCUGCUAUAUCUUUCUGUCAAAGCAACGCGUUCUUUGAUGAAUUCGUGUAAUGAGUAAGAAAAAUAAAUGAAUAUGUAAAUAUGAUGUAAAAUGUUUUUACUGGAGUUUUUCAUUUGAGAUACUUGAAAUGAUGUAACAUAUACAGAAUUAUAAAGAAAUAUAAUUGAUUGAUAUUAUGUUUUAAAAAAUGCCAUCUGAGAUAAAUGUUAAAAACAUAUCUUUUGAAAAAGAUGACGAAGAAAAUGAACCUAAUGAAUCUGUUACAUCAUUGACGGUUGGCACAGCAAAUGAAGGAUCUUCAGCUACGGUAAAUCAUGUGGAAACCAAUACCAUAAGAAGUAGUAAUAAAAAAGUAUUUACAUCUGGCGUUAAAAAUGAUUUUAUAGAACAAGAUGAGAAUGCUUCUUUGUCAUCAAAUGUAAACUGUGCAUCAAAUGAAAAUGGUUUACAACAACAAAAAACAUCUUCUAAUGAAGAAGUAAUUGAUCAAUCAAGUAACACUCAGCUGUCAAACUCCUUCGAAGAAGCAAGUGCAUGUUCUGAAUCAAAAUGUAACAAAGAAAGUGUAAUUUCUAAGUCUGCUGGUGCAACAGCAUUAGCAUCAGGUUGUGAAAUUGAUAAUGCUACUAGUGUUCCGAGUAAAUUGAAUGAUGAUAUUACACAAAACUCAAGUCAAAAGCAUUUAUCGUUGUCUCAUAAGAAUUUAACAAGAAAGAAGUGUUUUCUGGCAAAUGUAGAUAGUAGCCCUGGGAAGAUAACCAAUUUUGUGGAACAGUUGCCUUUAUCUUCCAGAAACAUGAUUAGAAAGAAACAAUUCUUUAGUAAAGAUUUACAAUCUAGUAGCACAGAAUCACAAUGCGAACAAAGUGCAGGAGACAAACAUAACAAUAAUGAUGAACAACAACAAUUUAGUUCUCAAUUUAGUAGUCACAACAGAGAUUCUAUGAAAGAUGCUUGUAGUUUACCUUUACAAAGUAUAGCGUCAUGCAGUUCUGAUGAACCAUUACAAUUUUUGACCACUUCAAUAAAUGAAACGCAUGGAAAUGACAUUGUUAACGCACAUAAAGUAUUAAAUUUAACAGAAAAUAAUAAUAAGAGUACAACUGAAAAUUUAAGCAGAUUAAAUGAAGCUGGUAGUUCACACAUGUCUAAAAGUGUGCCAAAAUCACAAAACACUUUGACAGAGUUAGUUCAUUGUAAUGAUGUUAUAAAAAAACCAUUUAAACUGCCAAUUUUAGAAAAUUUAUCUGAAACUGCCAGUGCUCAACAAACUGAGCUAGAAGAAAAUGCCGUAGCAUUAUUGGAACCAUCUUCAAUUAAGAAGAAUCAUUUAGAGGAAGCCCAAGGCAUUGAAAUAGAACCUCGUUCUUCAAACAGUAGUGAUGCAAGUAAUUCUGAUACAGAAUCACAGCAAGCAGUUCUAGGUCAUAAUGGGACCAAAAAGAGACCAUGUGAUACAAAUGGUAUUGUAACAAAAGAAGGUGUGGAAUAUUAUCAGUUGUGGCGAAGUACAGAAGGCUUUUCAUUUCCUGAAGGUUUAUAUGAAACAUUGUAUCCAAAUCCUCCACCACUACCACCACGGGUAACGCACAAACUUUUACACAGAAGUAAUGCUUUACCAACUGGUCCACCAGAAUUACCCAAAAGACAUCCUCAAAAAUAUUCUGCACCCUUGCACCCUGAAGAUUGUUUUGGAUUUGAAAUUGUAGAUGUUGAUGAAGCUUCUAAUUCAAAGUCGCGAAGAGCUGUUACAAAAAGUAUAGCGUUGUUAAGUUCACCACCUAGACCACCUAGACCAUUGGAAAGGCCAGUAUCUGGCUUAACGAAUUCAUUAGAGUGUCCACCAACACCUACACAUCGCCCAAAACCUUUGCGUCCAUUACCGAUGUGCCAAACAUCUAAUGUACCAUUACCCUCUGAAGAACCUUUGCCUCCAUCAUGGGAAGCAAGAAUUGAUAGUCAUGGUCGGGUAUUCUACAUAGAUCAUGUUAAUCGAACGACAACUUGGCAAAGGCCAACUUUAACAACACGGAACACUGGUUGUGAUCUUCGAAGGCAGCAAUUAGAUAGACGUUAUCAAAGUGUUCGUCGAACUAUUUCUCGGCCUGACAAUAUUGAUCGCGAGCCGUCUAGUUCGCAACAUACAAAUGGAAAUAAUUUUGGGAAUAUUGAACGACCGAAUGAACGACUCGAAAGAAAUGAAAGCGAACCAUUUGACAUUAAUACGAGUCCUCCAGUAUUAUUUUUAACAAGACCCGAUUUCUUCACAGUAUUACAUAGCCAUGCGGAAGCAGUGGAAUCGUAUAAUCGUAAUCCCAGUUUGAAGUACAUGAUUAGCAAAGUCAGAAGAGAUACAGCAGUUUUUCCGAGAUACGAACAUAAUAGAGAUUUGGUUGCAUUAAUAAAUUUCUUUGCCGAUCCAGCUAAAGAACUUCCAAGAGGCUAUGAAUCAAAACUUGAUAGAACAGGCAAAAGAUUUUUCAUUUGUCAUGCUAGAAAAGCAACAUCUUUCAUUGAUCCAAGAUUACCUACUGAACCAACUCACACACGAACAUUAUUGGAUGAAGCACCUGUACCACCACCUCGACCACAACAAUCGGCUAUUACGACCACACCCGAUAUACCUGUAGCUUAUAACGACAAAGUUGUUGCUUUUCUGCGUCAACCAAAUAUAAUGGAUAUCUUAAAAGAAAGACACUCAGCAUUAGGACAAAAUAUUGCUCUUCGAGAGAAAGUAAAUACGAUACGAAUUGAAGGCACGACUGCUUUGCAACGAUUAGGACAUGACGUCCCUUUAGCAUUAUUAUUAAGCUUGUUUGAACAAGAAAUUAUGUCAUAUGUACCUGGAAACGUGGGCAGGUCUCCAUUAGGUAGUCCGCAUGCUUCACCUGGCUUAACAAGAGCUUCUGCUAGAGCUCCAGCUCCAUACAGAAGAGAUUUUGAAGCUAAACUUAGAACAUUUUAUAGGAAGCUAGAAGGUAAAGGAUACGGGCAAGGUCCAGGAAAAUUAAAAUUACAUAUUAGAAGAGAACAUUUCUUGGAAGAUGCUUUCACUCGCAUUAUGGCUGCUUCGAAGAAAGAUUUGCAGAAAAGCAAGUUAGUAAUUAUGUUUGAUGAAGAAGAAGGCGUAGAUUAUGGCGGCCCAUCUCGUGAAUUUUUCUUUCAUCUGUCGCGCGAACUUUUUAAUCCUUAUUAUGGAUUAUUUGAAUAUUCUGCUAACGACACUUACACCGUACAAGUGUCGCCAAUGUCAGCCUUUGUAGAUAAUUAUCAUGAUUGGUUCAGGUUUUCAGGCAGAGUUUUAGGUUUAGCUUUAGUUCACCAGUAUCUUCUUGAUGCCUUUUUUACGAGACCAUUUUAUAAGGCUCUUCUGAGAAUACCAGCAAGUUUAAGCGAUUUGGAGAGUUUAGAUCAAGAAUUUCAUCAAAGUUUAAUGUGGAUUAAAGAAAGAGAUAUAAGUAUUGAACCGUUGGAAUUAACCUUUUCGGUCACGGAAGAACUUUUGGGGCGAGUAGCUGAGCGUGAAUUAAAACCAGGAGGAAGAAAUAUUGCAGUUACAGAGAAAAAUAAAAAAGAAUAUCUUGAAAGAGUUGUACGUUGGAGACUUGAGCGUGGCAUUGCUGAACAAACGGAAUCUUUAGUUCGUGGAUUUUAUGAAGUCGUAGAUCCACGAUUAGUAUCAGUUUUUGAUGCACGCGAGUUGGAAUUAGUAAUAGCUGGAGCAGCAGAAAUUGAUCUUAAUGAUUGGAGAACACAUACGGAAUAUAGAAGUGGUUAUCACGAUGCUCAUCCUGUAGUAGAAUGGUUUUGGAGCAGUAUAAGCCGAUUUACUAAUGAACAACGAUUGAGAUUACUACAAUUUGUUACUGGCACAUCAAGCAUUCCAUACGAAGGAUUUGCAGCUCUACGUGGAUCUACAGGACCACGGAAAUUUUGCAUUGAGAAAUGGGGAAGGCCAAAUAGUUUACCCAGGGCUCAUACAUGCUUUAAUCGCUUGGAUCUUCCACCAUAUCCUACGCCCGAAAUUUUAUAUGAAAAGCUUUUAUUAGCCGUAGAAGAAACAAAUACUUUUGGAAUAGAGUAAAACAAUUUGCUACUGAUUACAGCAAAUACAUAACGAUGUAAGGAAAACAUAGAACUUCACGUUUGUUGAAUGAAGCGUCAUUGCAAAUUUAAAG